AUGUGGUCUUUAAUUCUUGCUACUGUUGGAUUUUUGGCUCCAGAUACGUCUGGGUUAUCCUGUAAACCUCGACCAGGCGGAACACCGGUUCCACUUGGGGUAUUCCUGAACACUGCUGCGCCGGACUCUCUAGACAAGAAGCCCAUUGAUGCGAAACCGGCAAUUAAACUCGCUCUGAACUAUAUUCAAAAUCAUUCCUGUAUUCUGGACGGGUUCAAACUCGAAUUGAUUUAUAAGGAUACUCAGUGCAAAACUUCACUUGGAAUGAAGGCGCUGUUUGAUCUGAUCGCUUCGCGACCACGACCUGUCGCUCUUUUCGGAGGAAUGUGCACGGAGGUAAAUGAACCGGUGGCAAUGGCACUGAAAUACUGGCAGAUAGUCCAAUUAAGUUACGCAGAAACUCACGCAAAAUUUGGCACCGCUGACUCCCAAGAGCUCUAUCCAACAUUCUUCCGCAUUGUUCCCGGUGAUCGCAACUUGAACAACGCAAAAUGCCGUCUCAUCAACCAUUUCGGCUGGAAAAAGGUCGGCACCUUGAAACAGAGUGAUGAACCACGUCAUGCUCUUCCACACGAAGCUUUAACCACAAAACUAGAACAUGGCUACGGUAUCAAGGUUCUUUACACAGCCGGUGUCACCAAGCAUGAAAUGGAUAACAUCGGGAACGAGCUGAACGAGCUUAAGCAACGUGACGUCCGGAUACUCAUUGUUGACGUCGCCGAAGAUAUGGCAGCUAUCGUGCUAUGCGAAGCAUACCAUCGCCAGAUGUAUGGUGAGAGUUACGUCUGGAUUCUGCCUGGAUACCACUCCACUGCGUGGAUGAACGUUAUCGCUACGAACUGUACUGCGGAAGAGUUGGCGCUCGUAUUUGAAGGUCAUUUUGCCGUGGAGUUCGCACUAAUGAGGAAGGAUGAAAGAACGUAUGUCAUCGGUGGAAGACGAGCAUCGCACAUUUGGAACGAAUUGGAACGUGAAUCCCCAAAUAUGUGGCAAGGAUAUUUGUAUGACGGCCUGUGGGCGUUGGCCAUUGCGUUGAGUCAGGCGCUUGGAGCAGAUGCGUCGUUCUCUCACUUAAAACUUCUGUCGGCAAUAAAUAACAGCUCAUUUGAAGGUGUCACGGGUCGCGUACGUUUCGAGAACAAUGAAAGACUUGGUCUUGUGGACAUUCGACAAUGGCGUAACGAUGCUUACGAUGACGUCGGCCAUUAUGAUGGAGCAAGUGACGUUUUCACUAUGAGAACGGAUCUUGGAGGAUGGGAGCCUCCGUUGGACGCAACGGUAAUCGAAAGAAAACGCGAAUACAUUUCUAAUCUACUCUUUAUUGUGAUGUCAUUCCUGGCUCUGAUUGGGAUUUCGGUUGCUCUUAUUUUCUUAUUUGUCAAUAUCAAGUACAGAAACCACAGGUUCAUCAAAAUGUCAUCUCCGAAUUUGAACAACUUGAUUAUCGUAGGUUCAAUGUGCACGUACGCAUCCGUGAUACUUCUGGGAAUUGACACUCGGAUACUGUCAAAUGAGAACUUUGUCCAGCUCUGUUAUGUGAAAACAUGGACGUUAUGCCUCGGGUUUACGCUCGCGUUCGGUUCAAUGUUUUCGAAGACUUGGCGAGUACAUUCGAUAUUCACAAAUAUCAGAAUGGAUCGGAAAGCAAUAAAGGAUUCCAAACUGCUUCUGAUCUUAGCCGGUCUUCUUUUCGUGGAUGUGCUCGUGUUAACGCUUUGGGCAGUAAUUUCUCCAUUUCGGAUGUCAGUCAUGGAGCUUCCACAGAUACAUAUCGAUGACAAGGUGGUUGUCCCGGAAAUUGAAAAAUGUCAAUCAAGUCAUUCGGCGGUGUUUCAAGCGAUUCUAUAUGCUAUCAAGGGGAUUCUCAUGAUUCUUGGUUGUUUUCUCGCUUGGGAGACAAGGCACGUGAACGUUCCGGCACUAAAUGACAGCAAAUACAUAGGAAUGAGCGUUUACAACGUCGUCGUGAUGAGUACACUUGGACUGUCAAUAAGUGUUAUUUUGCAGUGUCAAGUAUCAAAACGCCAACGACAUCUUCCCCCUACUAUAACCUAUUUGCUUAAUCUUAGUUCUUACCAGGAACGAGUAAACGAAGCUUUUGCGCUCGCUUGUUUCUUUAUCAUUUUUUCUGCAACACUCACCUUAUGCCUUGUAUUUGUGCCAAAGGUAAUUGAACUGGCAAGAAAUCCAGCCGGGAACAAUCCACGAGCUUAUCGACGUGGUAUGAUGAAAUCAAUGGUAGCUAAAGGUCAACAGAAUACAGCCACUAAUCAGAAUAUGCGUGAGAACGAGAAAGAUCUCUUGGCCAAAGCAGAAGCUGAGAAUCAAAUACGACGACGAUAUGUCCAUCAGAAAAGCACACAACUUUGGGAUUUGUUGGAAAAACUGCGAGAGCUUGGUGAUACACAAUUCCUCCAGCAAGACUGGUGUUUUGCUAGCGGCAUCGUUGCAUCUGCUGCUGAAAAAGACAAAGAUCCCCUACUUCCAGAAAAAAGAAUCUCAGCCAACGGACCUUCGGCGCCUUGUGAAAAUGGUGAGCAACACGGCUGGCCCUGGGUGGAUCCAGAGGAGCCGAGCACAAUGCUUUAG